UCUCUGAAAAAUGGACAAAAAAGAUAUGUUCAGACAAGAAUUAGUAGAUGUUCAUGGAGUCCCUCUCUUCUGGACCAUCGCAGAAGCAUGGUCUGAGGUAGAAGGAUUCGAGGCCAGACCAGAUGACCUUCUCAUCUCCACCUAUCCCAAAUCUGGUACCACCUGGGUCAGCGAAAUGUUGGAUCUCAUCUAUAACAAUGGGGAUGUAGAGAAAUGCAAACGAGAUGCUAUAUUCAAUCGAGUCCCUUUCAUGGAACUGAUAAUACCGGGAUUUGUAAAUGGCAUAAAGCAAUUGGAAGAAUUGAAGUCCCCACGCCUGGUGAAAACCCACCUGCCGGUGGAACUGCUUCCCUCUUCUUUGUGGAAGAAUGACUGUAAGAUGAUCUAUGUGGCGCGAAAUGCUAAGGAUGUAGCUGUCUCUUACUAUUAUUUCUACCAGAUGGCAAAGAUGCACCCAGAUCCUGGUACCUGGGAGGAGUUUCUGGAGACUUUCAUGACCGGAAAGGCGUGUUUUGGUUCCUGGUAUGACCAUGUGAAGGGCUGGUGGGAGAAGAAGAAGGACUACCGUAUCCUCUACCUCUUCUAUGAAGAUAUGAAGGAGGACCCAAAACGUGAACUACUGAAAGUGCUGAAGUUCCUGGAAAAGGAUUUGCCAGAAGAAAUUGUGAAUAAAAUCCUCUAUCACACUUCCUUCAAUAUUAUGAAACAGAACCCAGCAACCAAUUACACCACGGCACCAGAAAAAGAAAUGGACCACAGCGUAUCUCCCUUUAUGAGAAAGGGGAUUUCAGGUGACUGGAAGAAUCAGUUCACAGUGGCCCAGUAUGAGACAUUCGAAAAACAUUAUAACCAGCAAAUGGAAGGGACCACACUGAAGUUUCGAGCAGAGAUCUGA